GCCAGCUGUCAAACUCAGCAUCCCUCUCUUUCUCUCUCCCUCCCAUGGCAUCAAGAUGGCCUGAAGUUGCAGCCUUUCUGUUCUUGGAUUGUCGCGAAGUUUUCCAUUCCCUGUUGGAAGACCCUUUGGAUUGGCGAGCCCUACAAUGUGCUUGUCGUUGGCGUUCUUCUUCUUUGCAGCCUUUGCUAGCAAAGGUGCACCAUGAGCCAAAGCUGCGCGUGGUGAUCAAAGACAUGUGCCAGAAGUUGAGAAGGUUGCCGUUGGAUGACCUUUUGGGUGAUCAGAUCAGGACUGCAAACUUGACAGACACGGAGCUGCGAUUUCUCAUUGAGAUCUUGGGAGCCCGGCCCCGGGGCUUAAGUGCAAAAAGACUUGACCUCAGAGGCUGUUUCCCUUCUCUUUGUGCAUCUCAAGGCUUUGCCUUCGGCCUCUGGCUUCGGUGGUUUCAGGGGGAGAGCCUUCUUCUGGCGGAGUGCCGAGGUUUGCUCCGUGGGCUUGGCGAGCUGCUGAGAGGCUUGGGCAGCUGCGAGCUGCGACUCCAGCAUUUGGAUCUUUGUGCUGCACAACUUUCCAAAUUGGAAGCUCCGACAUUGUGCCGUUUUCUUCGAAGCUGCCAGCUGGAGACGCUGAACUUGGCGUUCAACGAGCGGCUGAUGAGUUGCGAGGCGUUGGAAGGAAUGGUAGAUGCACUGCAGGGUGAGAGCUGUGGGGUGUCUGAAUUGGUACUGAAGCAUUGCAACAUCCAGGGGAAGGCGGGAGAACUACUGGGCAUCUGGCUGCGCCACAUGCCGCGCUUGCGGGAGUUGAAUCUCAAUUGGAAUCCAGAGAUUGUGUCUUCUCGUGGUUUGCGUGGCCUUUUCAAUAGCUUGGCUUCUGACGAACUGGCAUUGCAAAGCCUGCGAUUGCGCGGUUCAGAUCCGGACCAAGCUGCACAGGAGGCCUUGAGAGACGUCCUUCAGCGCUUUCCAUCGCUGACUUUAGAGCUUGAAGUUCUCCCUGAGCUCUUGGCGACUCAUGGACCAAAGGAGAAACAGCCACGACCUGGGAAAGAAAUUCGCCAUGCAUUUUCUCUGCUGCGCUUGAUGAGGCUGCCAGACUUCCGCGAGCAGCUGCGCACGUUUCUGCCGGGCCCUUUGGAGUGGCGGGCGUUACAAAGUUCCUGGCGCUGGAGCAGCGAUGGCUCAGCAGGACCUCUACAGGAGGUACAUCGUCGCCCACGCCUGCGGCAAAGCGUGUCCAAACUGCGGCGGCGCUUGAAGGGAAAGCCGCUGAACGACCUGUUGAGCUUAGUGAAGUGCUCGGAGGAGGAGGUGCGCUUUGCGAUUGAGCUGAUGGGUGCCCGUCCCCGCAAAGCCCCUGCUGGCAAAGUCUCUGAGAUUCGAAAAUUGGAUCUCAGCUAUGAGCAUCUGCCACCAGGGGGCAAGGCCAUGGCUCCACAGCAGGGCAUGGCCUUGGGCGCUUUCCUUCGCUACUGUUCCCAGCUGGUGGAGCUGCGCUUGGAAGGCAACGCCCAGCUUUGCACUGCCGGUGGCUUGCGCGGCCUAUUGGAUGGUCUGGGAGAGCAGCGUUUGCAACUGAGGACGCUCCUCUUCGGUGGAUGUGGUGUUGCAGAGCAAGCAGCACCCUACCUUGGCUUGGCUCUCGAUGUGCAGUCAAGUCGUCUCCUGCAAAAAUGCCCUGUGCUGACCACGCUGAAUUUGGCGGGGAAUCGCAACCUGUGCACGGCAGCUGGACUUCGUGCACUGCUCCAAAGUUGGGCAGGUGAUAGGAUCCCUUUGAAGCAACUGGUCCUGAAGAAUUGCGGAUUGGAGACUUCCUCUGCGCAUGUCUUGGGCGAAGUCUUAAGGCGCUGUCACUACUUAGAAGACUUGGUGUUGGUGGGCAAUCAGGCACUGUUUGAGGCGCCCGCCUUGAUCUUGUUGCUGAAGGGCCUCGGAGACGAAGGCUUUAUGUGGCUCAGCAACUUGAACUUUGGGAACUUGUUUGAGAUUGAUGUGGCAACUCAAGAG